CGCCGUCCGCCGCGGAGCGCGCGCCGGGCCGGGCCGGGCCGGGCCGGGCCGCCGGGCCUGCGCCGCCGCCGCCGCCGCGCCGACCAUGUCGGCGGCCAAGGAGAACCCGUGCAGGAAAUUCCAGGCCAACAUCUUCAACAAGAGCAAGUGUCAGAAUUGCUUCAAGCCCCGCGAGUCGCAUCUGCUCAACGACGAGGACUUGACACAGGCAAAACCUAUUUAUGGUGGCUGGCUGCUCCUCGCUCCAGAUGGGACUGACUUUGACAACCCAGUGCACCGUUCUCGGAAAUGGCAGCGACGGUUCUUCAUCCUCUAUGAGCAUGGCCUGUUGCGCUACGCCCUGGAUGAGAUGCCCACAACCCUCCCUCAAGGCACCAUCAAUAUGAACCAGUGCACUGACGUGGUGGACGGCGAGGGCCGGACAGGCCAGAAGUUCUCCCUGUGCAUCCUGACCCCCGAGAAGGAGCACUUCAUCCGGGCGGAGACGAAGGAGAUCAUCAGCGGGUGGCUGGAAAUGCUCAUGGUCUACCCCAGGACCAAUAAGCAGAACCAGAAGAAGAAGCGGAAAGUGGAGCCUCCCACAGCACAGGAGCCAGGCCCAGCCAAGGUGGCCGUCACCAGCAGCAGCGCUAGCAGCAGCAGCAUCCCCAGUGCCGAGAAGGUCCCCACCACCAAGUCCACGCUCUGGCAGGAAGAAAUGAGGGCCAAGGAGCAGCCCAAUGGGAGCAGCCUGAGCCCUGCUCAGAGCCCCAACCAGAGCCAGCCUCCCGCCGCCAGCGCCCUGAGUGAGCCGGGGCUGGAGAGCAAAGACGAGGAGAGCGCCAUGAGCAGCGACCGCAUGGACUGUGGCCGCAAGGUCCGCGUGGAGAGCGGCUACUUCUCCCUGGAGAAGACCAAGCAGGACCUGAAGGCCGAGGAGCACCCGCUGCCCCCGCCGCUCUCCCCUCCUAGCCCCAGCACCCCUAACAACAGGUACAGUGGCCCCGGGUCACCCUCCCAGGAGCUCGGUCAGCCCCUUCCUUCCCCAGGUCCUCGAGCCCCCAGCCGAAUGGUCUGCAGCAUCUCUCUCGGCUCCCUGGACACUGCCAGCCGGCCCCCUGCCCACACGGACUGCAGCAGCACUAGGGGGCGGGGAGCAGAGAGACUGGGGCACGCCCUUGCCUUUAAAGCCAGCAGGCAGUAUGCCACCCUGGCCGACGUCCCUAAGGCCGUCAGGAUCAGCCACCGAGAAGCCUUCCAGGUGGAGAGAAGGCGGCUGGAGCGUAGGACUCGGGCACGGAGCCCUGGCAGGGAAGAGGUGGCCCGUCUGUUUGGCAGUGAGCGGAGGAGGUCGCAGGUCAUUGAGAAGUUCGAGGCCUUGGACAUUGAGAAGGCAGAGCACAUGGAGACGAACACAUCCGCUGGGCCCUCGCCGUCGGGGGACACGCGUCAGGGCCGCAGCGAGAAGAGGGCCUUCCCCAGGAAGCGGGACCUCACCAGCGAAGCCCCCACAGCUCCGCUUCCGGACACCUCGGCUUCCCCCCUGUCUCCACACCGAAGAGCCAAGUCACUGGACAGGAGGUCCACGGAGUCCUCCCUGACGCCCGACCUGCUGAACUUUAAGAAAGGCUGGCUCACCAAGCAGUACGAGGAUGGCCAGUGGAAGAAGCACUGGUUUGUCCUUGCUGAUCAGAGCCUGAGAUACUACAGGGACUCCGGGGCUGAGGAAGCAGCUGACUUGGAUGGCGAAAUCGACCUGUCCACGUGUGUGGACGUCACAGAGUAUCCAGUCCAGAGAAACUAUGGCUUUCAGAUACACACAAAAGAGGGUGAGUUCACACUCUCUGCCAUGACCUCGGGGAUCCGGCGGAAUUGGAUCCAGACCAUCAUGAAGCACGUCCACCCGACCUCUGCCCCGGAUGUGACAAGCUCACUGCCCGAGGAAAGGAACCGGAGCAGCGCCGUCUUUGACGCCUGCCAGAGGCCAAGUGAGAAGCAGGAGGCAGAGCACGGGGAGCCGGACCCCGAGCAGAAGAGGAGCCGGGCCCGGGAGCGGCGGCGGGAAGGGCGCUCCAAGACCUUUGACUGGGCUGAGUUCCGCCCCAUCCAGCAGGCCCUGGCCCAGGAGCGGGCCAGCAUGUCGGGGGCCCCCAGCCUCAGUCCCGAGGCAGAGCCCGGCGAGCUGGAGCGGGAGCGUGCCCGGCGACGGGAGGAACGGCGCAAGCGCUUUGGGAUGCUGGAUGCUGUGGACGGGCCCGGUGCUGAGGACGCAGCCUUGCGGAUGGAGGUGGACCGGAGCCCGGGGCUGCCUGCGGCCACUGACCUCAAGACCCAGAAUGUCCACGUGGAAAUCGAGCAGCGGUGGCACCAGGUGGAGACCACCCCGCUCCGGGAAGAGAAGCAGGUGCCCAUUGCCCCCCUGCAUCUGUCGUCGGAGGGCGGAAGUGAGCGGCUCUCCUCCCACGAGCUCACCUCCCUGCUGGAGAAGGAGUUGGAGCAGAGUCAGAAGGAGGCCUCUGACCUUCUAGAGCAGAACCGUCUCCUGCAGGACCAGCUCAGGGUGGCCCUGGGCCGAGAACAGAGCGCCCGGGAGGGCUACGUUCUGCAGACUGAAGUGGCCACCUCCCCCUCCGGCGCCUGGCAGAGGCUCCAUAAAGUCAACCAAGAUCUCCAGAGUGAGCUGGAGGCCCAGUGCCGGCGCCAGGAGCUGAUCACACAGCAGAUCCAGGCCCUGAAGCGUAGCUAUGGGGAGGCCAAGGACGCCAUCCGGCACCACGAGGCGGAGAUCCGCAGCCUCCAGGCGAGACUCAGCAACGCUGCCGCCGAGCUCGCCAUCAAGGAGCAGGCUCUGGCCAAGCUCAAGAGUGACCUGAAGCUGGAGAAGGACAAGGUCCGCGAGCAGCUGGAGGAGUGGCAGCACAGCGAGGCCACGCUGAGUGGGCAGCUGCAGGCCAGCGAGCAGAAGCUCAAGAGCGCAGAGGCCCUGCUGCUGGAGAAGACGCAGGAGCUGCGGGACCUGGAGACGCAGCAGGCGCUGCAGAAGGACCGGCAGAAGGAGGUGCAGAGGCUGCAGGAGCGCAUCGCCGACCUCAGCCAGCAGCUCAGUGCCAGCGAGCAGGCCCAGCGGCUGAUGGAGGAGAAGCUGCAGAGGAACUACGAGCUGCUGCUGGAGAGCUGCGAGAAGGAGAAGCAGGCCCUGCUGCAGAACCUGAAGGAGGUGGAGGACAAGGCCUGCGCCUACGAGGACCAGCUCCAGGACCACGAGCAGCAGAUGGAGGUGCUGCAGAAGGAGAAGCUGAGUGCCAAGUUCGAGGGCAGCGAGGUGGUGCACCGGCUGGAGGAGCAGCUGGAGAUGAAGGAGGCCAGCAUCCAGAAGCUGGCCGAGCACGUGCAGAGCCUCCGCGAGGAGCGCGACCAGAUCCGGCAGCGAUUCCAGGAGCUGGCCGAGCGCGUCGCUCAGUCGGACGGGGACGUGGCCGCGCUCCAGGAGAAGCUCCGGGAGAGAGAGGCCGACUACCAGAGCCUGGAGCUCUCCUACCGGAGGGCGGCCGGCCAGCUGCAGAGCAUGCACGCCCUGCUGAAGGACAGGGAGGAGGAGCUGGCGCACAUCAAGGAACUGCACCAGAAAGUGCUAGAGAAGAAGGACCAGGACCUCAACGAGGCUUUGGUUAAAAUGGUUGCUUUGGGGAGCAGCUUGGAGGAAACAGAAGUGAAGCUCCAGGCGAAGGAAGAGGCUUUAAGGAAAUUGGCGACGGAGUCCUCAGAGGCCACAGAAGGGCCCCCGAGUGCCCCGGAAGAAGCUGAGGGGGACAGCGUCCUGCCUGGAGGCCCGCAGCCACCAGCCACUGGCCUCCCACCCUCAAAACUCGAGGAGGAAGACCCUGGGGCUGCCCUGGGGGAGGAAAAUGGUGACGGGUGCCCCAGGAGAGAAGAAGGGGCUGUGCCCCCCAAAUCAGAAGUGCCCGACAGGGAGGGGCUUGCGCAGAGCCCAGCAAAAGCCGAGCAGGGGGCUCCCGGUGUGAAGAGGCAGAGGAUCCGGUUCUCCACGAUCCAGUGCCAGAAGUACACGCAGCCAGAGGGCUCCGAGAAGACCUGGACCAGCAGCACGUCCUCAGACACCAGCCAGGACCGCUCCCCCUCCGAGGAGAGCAUGUCCUCCGAGGCGGCCCCCGGCCCGCUCCCUGCCACCAGUGACUCCGACACCUACCUCUCCAUCAUCCACUCCCUGGAGACCAAACUCUACAUCACGGAGGAGAAGCUCAAGGACGUGACGGUGAAACUGGAGAGCCAGCAGGGCCAGAGCCAGGAGGCGCUGCUGGCCCUGCACCAGCAGUGGGUGGGCACGGAGGCGCGUCUCCGCGAGCAGCUCCGCGCCAGCCUGCUCCAGGUCGGGGCCUUGGCCUCCCAGCUGGAGCAGGAGAGGCAGGCCAGGGCAGAGGCAGUCGAGAGGCACAUGGGGGAGCUCGGUAACUUCCGGGUCAAGAACAGCCAGGCCCUGGCUUACUUGGAAGACUGUCGGGAGCAGCUCCAUGCUCUGCCGGGGCCCGGCCAGGAGGAGGCGUGGGCGGCAGCGAGAGCCGGCCCGCUGGUCAGCAUGGAGACCACGCUCUCCAGCGCCAUCCAGGCCCUGCAGCACUGCACCGCCCACUCCCGGCCAGAGGAGGGCAGUGACCAGGAGAAAGGGUCGCUGGCUCCACAGCCGCCGACGCUGCCGCCUGAACCGAUGGCGCAGGAGCAGCUGAAGCUCCUUUCAGAUCAGAUCGCUCUGGAAGCCUCGCUGAUAAACCAGAUAGCCGAGUCUCUGAGGAACACCUCGGCAGACGUCUCCCAGGUCCUGCAGGAGAUCUCGCAGGCGGCAGCGUGUGAAGGCACCGCCCUCCACCCCAGCGUCCCCGCAGAUGCCUGGGCGAGGAAGGUGCUGGUGGAUGGAGAGUUCUGGAACCGGGUUGAGUCCCUGAGUCAGCACCUAGGGACUCUGUGUGGAGAGGCAGCCGAUGGGUCCGGAGAUGACCAGCGGAGCCUCCCGCAGGCCCUGAUCCCUGCCCUGGCCGAUGCCACGUGGGUCAGAGCCGAGCUGAGUUUCGCGGUGCAGUCGGUGAGGCUGUCCUUCCAGCAGAGGCUGCAGCGCGUGCAGGAGACCCUCCAGGGCACCCAGACGGCACUGCAGCAGCACAAGGAGGUGCUGGGGCAGAUCCUAGGCGCGUACCAGACCCCUGACUUCGAGAGAGUCAUGCAGCAGCUGUCGGAAGCCCUCAGGCUUCCAGCGGGCAGUGAGGACAGUGCCCCGGGGUCCUUGGACUUGAGCCUGCUAGCAGGGGGCAGUCCCCAAGAUGCAGCUGGCUCCCAAGAGCCCUCCUCCCUGCCCACCCAGUGUUCUGGGGCUCUCAUUUCUAUCCAGGAAGAACUCGCCCUGCAGCUUAAAGACAAAGCCAGCCUCUUGGGGCAGAUUUCUGCCUCUCUGACCACUCUUGCCCCUGUGGAGCCUGUGAGAGAUUGUCAGAAGCUUCUCCAGGCAUCCCAGGCUCUCUCCUAUACCACUUGUCUGGGAGGCCUUGGUCAGUACUCUUCAUUAUUAGUUCAAGAUGCCAUUAUUCAGGCUCAGGUGUGUUACGCCGCCUGCAGAAUUCGACUCGAGUACGAAAAGGAGCUCCAGCGCCACAAGGAGUCCUGGCAGGGCCGGGGCGUCUCGUGCCAGGAGCACGUGCAGGCGGUCGGGGCGCUCAGGGAGGAGUAUGAGGAGCUUCUCCGGAAGCAGAAGAGUGAGUACCUGGAGGUGAUCGCCAUCGUUGAAAGGGAGAACGCAGAGUUGAAGGCCAAGGUCGCCCAGCUGGAUCAUCAGCAGAGGUGCCUGGCAGAAGUGGAGAGCAAGCACAGUGAGAACAUGUUUGCCCUGCAAGGGAGGUACGAGGAAGAGAUCCGCUGUGUAGUGGCCCAGUUGAGCCGAGCAGAGAACACGCUGCAGGCCGAGCACAGCCUCAUCCUGAGCCAGCUCGACGCCUCGGUCCGAGACCGGCAGGACCUGGAGAGGCACCACGUGGAGCAGAUGCAGACCCUCGAGGACAGGUUCCAGCUGAAGAUCAAAGAGCUGCAAGCAAUCCACGAGGAGGAGCUGAGGACCUUGCAGGAGCACUACUCACAGAGCCUGCAGUGCCUGCACGAGGCCCUGCACCGCUGCCAGCGGCAGCAUCCCGGGGCCUUGCCUGCGCCCGCACCCCCCAGCAGUCCGCAGCCCCUCUCCUCCGGGGAGGCCGACUCCAUGGUGGGCCUGAGGGAGCGCAUCCAGGAGCUGGAGGCCCAGAUGGACGUCAUGCGGGAGGAGCUGGAGCACAGGGACCUGGAGGGCAGCACGGCCGCCCUGCGGGAGAAGUACCAGAGAGACUUUGAGAGCCUGAAGGCCACGUGUGAGCGCGGGUUCGCUGCGAUGGAGGAGACACAUCAGAAGAAGAUCGAGGAUCUGCAGAGGCAGCACCAGCGGGAACUGGAGAAGCUGCGGGAGGAGAAGGACCGGCUCCUGGCAGAGGAGACCGCAGCCACCAUCUCAGCCAUCGAAGCCAUGAAGAACGCCCACCGGGAGGAGAUGGAGCGGGAGCUGGAGAAGAGCCAGCGCUCGCAGAUCAGCAGCGUCAACUCGGACAUCGAGGCCCUGCGGCGGCAGUACCUGGAGGAGCUGCAGUCGGUGCAGAGGGAGCUGGAGGUGCUGUCGGAGCAGUACUCCCAGAAGUGCCUGGAAAACGCCCACCUGGCCCAGGCGCUGGAGGCCGAGCGGCAGGCCCUGCGGCAGUGCCAGCGCGAGAACCAGGAGCUCAACGCCCACAACCAGGAGCUGAAUAACCGGCUGGCCGCGGAGAUCUCACGGUUACGGACGCUGCUGACAGGGGACGCUGGCGGGGAGGCUGCAGGCUCGCCACUUGCCCAGGGCAAGGACGCCUAUGAGUUGGAGGUCUUAUUGCGGGUCAAAGAAUCAGAAAUCCAGUACCUGAAGCAGGAGAUUAGCUCUCUCAAAGACGAGCUGCAGACAGCAUUGCGGGACAAAAAGUAUGCCAGUGACAAGUACAAAGACAUCUACACCGAGCUCAGCAUCGUGAAGGCCAAAGCCGACUGCGACAUCAGCAGGUUGAAAGAGCAGCUGAAAGCAGCCACGGAAGCACUGGGGGAAAAAUCACCAGAGAGCGCACCGGUGUCGGGAUAUGAUAUAAUGAAAUCUAAAAGCAACCCUGACUUCUUGAAGAAAGACAGAUCCUGUGUUAGCCGACAACUCAGAAGCAUCAGGUCCAAGAGUCUGAAGGAAGGCCUGACGGUGCAGGAACGCUUGAAGCUCUUUGAAUCCAGGGACUUGAAGAAGGACUAGCUGUGUCCCGGGCGACCUGAACACGCACCCCCGCUGGCGGCAGCACCACCCUCACGCUGCUUUUGUCUGUACCUUUCUUUUUUUAUCAUUAUUGUUGUUGUCAUCAUUAACUGUGGGUGUGGAUGCAUGAAAGACUGGCUUAUGGGUGUUCGCACAUUCCCUGCUGUGUUGGCUACGACUUCUGUCGUGUUCUACGGAAGCUUUUUCUCCAUGGCAUUCUUCAGUUAGCUCCGAGUGGGGGCUGGAGGGCCGGCCGGGCCAGGCGUCUGAGGCUCCCUUCCCUGCCGUCCUCCCCCCACCGUCACUGUCAGUAUUAAGGCCCAGCAGCCUGGAUAAGCUAGCGCUAUCCCCUGCGACGUGUCAUGGAGGGGGAGAGCAAGCCGUUGGGUGUGGUUCUGCCUGGCUCACAGCACUGACAGCUGCUGGCCGCUGGAGCUAGGCCCAGGCUGCGGGGCGUGGCCGUGCACCUGGAGAGGAGCUGACCGCCACCUUUGUCUGGGAGGAGGACAGCAUUUCCUGUUUGUUCCACGAAAGCGAUGUAGAACCGCUCACCGAUCAUCGUGGUGAACCUUUCACAACCUGGAAAAUGUGGAAAAGCAGCCAUUCCCUAUUUUUGUUUGUUUUAUUAUUAAAUCUUGCACAAAAUCCCCGACCCUCUCAUUACUUCCUGUGGUCCCUCCCUCUUGGUCAGUAGUAACCCUGGUCAUUCCCUGACCACCUUGGAUUGCUGAACUGCAGCCUCGGGUCUCAGGCUGUGAUGGCAGAGGAUGAAUUCCUCCAGGGAGUUGUUUCACAGAAAAGAGGAUUCAUUGCUUUAACCUUUCUGAAAGCGACCUCCGAGGUGCUGGUGUAGAGGCUGUGGGGAGACCCGCAGGUUAAGCACGAAGAAAGAGUCGGGGAUGUGGAGUGAAGUGAGAAACGCCAUGGCCGUGUGUUCGUGAACAGGCUCCUGGGACGCCCUCGCAGCACUGACAGCCUGGGGAACCCAGAGUAACAGCUUUGCGUUUCCAAGCAGUUUAAGAUCUUUUACAUGAGCACAAAACAUUCUGUAGCACUUCUUAAAAAAAAAAAAUCUCAUGUUGGGUUUUCUGUUAUGGUCCCAUGAAAGCUAUUGAUCCCAUUAACACUAGAAUCACUAACGAAUGUGACCCACGUUACGGCCAGCCCUGCUUCCUUCUGAGCAGGGCGGAGUGUUGGGAGGAUGCGUGGAGGGCUGGUUCUCGCGUCUGCAACCAUUGGCGCGUUGGUUUAUUGCCAAGAAACAUGUUUUCACUGUGGAUUAGCACUGAGUGGUCUCGUUCAGUGUAUAGUGUAAGGCUAAAAUGUGAAAAUCUCGCUGUUUCUGAGUAAAGUCUGUGAGCCGGGUCUUCUGGAAAGAGUCCACAGGGCAAGAUUGAGGUUCGGCUGCAAGAGCCUGACCUGUAGUUUGUCUUCGAGCCUUCCCCGGUCAUAGGCCCUGAGGAGUCUUGGGCAGAGAAGAGGCCUCGGGGUUUGGGGUGUGUUCUCCACAUCGGUUGCUGGAUGCAGUCUCUCCACUGCCACCCCUUUGCGUCUGUUCUCCCAGGUUUGGGGUUUUUAGGGAAGUGUACCAAGGAUGAACCCCAGGGCCCCAUUUUUGCAAGGUAUAUAUCCUCUUCCACUGAGAACACCCCCAGUUUCCAUGUUUCCGAAAGCAAGAAAAGUGCGGGAUCUGUGUUUUCAAAUCCUGUCAGAAAGGCACCGGCAGCCUUUUUAGAUAAAAGGGGUCUUUACGGGGCUGCGUGUGCUUUGCACAGUGCCUGCGGCUGUUCCUUCCGGCCUGCAGGGCCUGGCCCCCUCUGCCUGUCUAUUCUCCAGUGCCCGCCCCGAGGUUCCAGCCAGGCGCCAGCUGUCUUUAGAGCAUGGAAGAAGGCUUGAAAUUGGCAGUGCUCUGAGGGAUGCCUUCAGCGGGGGGAACUGGGGAAGGGCUGCCAUUCACUGGGAUCGCAGACUGUGGGGUCUGCCCAGUGCACAGAAGGCCAGGGCAUGAACUGUGAGCAUGUAAGCUGCCCAGAAGAUGGGGGGACUCUGCCAGUAGCAAGACAGCAGUGGCCGCUGCAGUCUCCCCCAAACACGUUAUGUUUCUUUCCUGGCAUUUCUGAGUGUCCUGACAUCUACCAGGCUCAAAACGAAGUCUGCACUCCCUGGGGCAUCUCAUCCACCCAGCAGAUAAGCUGCAAAAUGCAGAGGAUUCACUUCCCGCCUAUGUUCUACCACACUCCCCCUGUGGGGUGCCCCAUGGGUGUCCUCCAUGUCACCCAAAUCCUGACCGGGAAUUUAGACACUGAAUACCAGGGAGAGGUUUUUAAAUGUGGAGGCUGGGUCGGUUUCUGUGUUAGUAAAAGGAGACCCUCCUCCCGGGGCUCAGGGUCCCCCCCCGCCCCCACCUCGAAUGCAGUCAGGCCAGCCCAAGCGACUUGACCCAGGGUUCCACUGCACCUGGCCACACCCACAGUGAGAUUCGCCCCCCGCCUGGCGAGGGGAUUGUUAACACAAGUGGGCUUUCACGGCUGUAAUUAUUUUCCUGUAAAUACUCAUUACUUCAUUUGUAAUCUGCUAGCACCUGCAAGUAAGCUGUGCUAAACAUAUUAUUGGGAUAAAAACUGAACAAUUUGACUUGGUUUGACCGCUUUUGUGAAUCUAUGCAUGAAUUAGUGUGCGCAUGCCCGCACAUCAACAGGACACUGCUUUCUGAUGAUUGGGUUCCUUUACCAGUGGGUGAAGUGCCCGCAGCUGGGCACAUAAAGACACUAGAAGUUCAGGAGCUCCUCACAGUCACAGCCUCCCCCAGAGGUGCCACUGUGUGCUUGAGGUGGCUGAGGGAGCACCGGAAACAGACUCCCACCCUAGGCAUCGAGAUGAAUCUGAGCGGAGGAAACGCUGUGGUCUCGGGUGAGGUGGGACCAAGAGGGAACGUGUGGUUUUGUGACGAGCGAAAACCCUCCCCAUAGCCCAGCAAGGUAAAGGCAGGAAGGGGACGGGUCUGCGUUCUGGUGAGAUCCGGGCCCUCUGCUCAGCAUGGAGUGGCACCAGGUGCCACUGGUCCACUACCUGGGUGGGCUGGUGCAGGCACCCCAGGUGGGUCUUGUCCAUCUUGGUUCCUGCACCCCAUCCUCACCUCCCCGCACUCGCCUAGAGCAGUUCUGUUAGUGAAAAGAAGGUAACUAUUAGCAUCUCUUUGUUUUGCAAAUAAAAAUUGCUCAUCAUUGUCUGAAAGACUUGGAAAUGAACACUUUCCCAAAAACAAAAUACUAAAUUCAGUGACCCCCCCCUCCUCUCACCAAGAAAGGGGGAAUUUUUCAGAGAACAGGGAAGAGGAGUGUAUUUUAAAGGAAUUAAAUAUAAAGAACAUUUGGCACUUUAAUUGCAAGUGGUUUGUUGUUUUGUUUUGCCCAGUCAUUCAGAAUGCCUCCGCCUGAGAAUUAUGAGAAAUUGCACUGUUUCGUGUUAAGAAGAAAUCUGCUUUUUUAAGUAGAUUUUGACCUCAGCCCUCUUGCCUUCUUCACUCAACUGAGAUUCCUGGACCUUGCCAGUGCCCCCGCUAGAAUAGCCUACACCCCUCCUGAAGAGACCUGGGGAAAUGCUGCUUAAAGAAGCACUUUCUCAGGUCUUAAAGUAUGUGUACACCGUGCCCAUCUUUCAGACAGGCUUCUCAUUCUCAGGCGUGAAAUGACUAGAAUACGUAGCUGAACACUAGGGAACCCUGGGCUCAGGUGCUCCUCUGGCGUUCCCACAUCCAUUCCUGCGCUGUGAGCUGAGGCCUGGGUCUCCCUCCACUGUCACAGCACCCACAUUAGCCCUCGUGUGACUCUCAGGAACUGCAUGGUGUCCGUGUGCAGAUGAUUGCACACGCCUGACCUGUGUGCAGGCACCUUUGGGCAAGGUCACUUUCCACAGUUCAAAGCUAAGUAAGCUUCAGCCUGCAGUGAGGUCUAGGAAAACCAUUUGUAGGUUCUUGAUAGGGAGACGGGACAGAAACACAGUGUGACAGCGAAUACUGAUCCUCUCAUACUUGGUCGGCUGGGGAAGACUCAGCAGCCUCUAUCUUUUGCCCUUCAGAGAAUGAUGAGUUAGUUUCAGGUCCUGUUUGUCAGAGGAGAGCUCUCCUUUCCAAAGUCUUCCAACUGCAGCCUCUCGCCUAAGUGGGAGUAAGUCGGCAACAGCAGCACCCGGGGUGCAGAGCAACUGCCUCGGCCUGGCCACACCCUGAGCCCCUGGGCCAGUGCUCCCUGGACAGGGCUGAGAGCAGAAGCCGCGCCCCUCCUGGUGUCAUGCUGUGUUUGUCUGAAAGCAGCUGUGUUUACUUCCUUCAAAAUAACCUGUAUAUUAGAACAAGAAGUGUAAAUAUUAUUCAGAAGUUACUGUGGGGGUUUUUGUUACAGAGUUUGUGUGCAUUUUUUAAAAUUAUCCAGGCAUCCCUUUUUAAAAUGGAGACUGUUUUGGUGCAUCACUGAGCUCCCCACCCCCCUAACAGAACAGAGAAGUGUUUGUAAUGACUGAUAAAUCUUUUUUAAAAUUGUGGUCAUUUAACAGAUGCUUUUAAAGAAUGUAUACAGUAUCUAAAAUAACAACUUUGCAUCCAUUUAUUGGUUUUUAUUGAAAAAAACUCCUAUAAUACAGGUUUUCCCCCAUUGUCCAAAAGUAGACUGUUCUUAUUUGGUAAGGGAUAUAUCUGGGGGGGACACACCCCAGUUUUUUUCAUAGAAGCUCAUGGGAGCAGUAUUCACAAACCCCCGAAGUAACAUCAUGCCAUACCAAAUAGGAGCGUCCAAAUAAGAGGUAGAGGGAAACCUGAAGUCUCUACACGGGAGAACAGAGGAAAGGUAGCUGCACCCUGACCAGGUUGUUUUCAUGGUAACUUACUGUCCUGGGGAGGCCCAGUUCCAGCAUCUCAAGUCUCCCUGGGUGGUGGGUGUGCUGGGCCAGGAUCGCUGCGGGUUGCAGGCUCAGUGAGUGUAUUCCACAGCCCUCAGGUUCUGUGGCCGGGCAGUUCGCCUCUCAAUUUCCCACAGAGCAGAUCAGAUGGGUAAAGAAGCAGGUAGUCACAAAAUUACUUAAGAAGCAAAUCCUCUGGGUCCAGUAGCGGGGCUUGGGAAGAGAGUCCAGCCUCAGAAGAACGGAACAUGGUGAUGUCUGAUGUCACCAGGGCCCUUCCCAUAACGCCGUUAACUCCCCGUGAAGGAAGGAAGUCUGGGAAAGGCCUGGCAGACAGACCCCCCACCGGCCACCUGCUGCACUGGCCAUGCUCUCGGCUUUGCCCCCUUUGUAGUCAUAUCACUUCAAUUUUAUAGGAAGCUAGGAAUAGAUUAUAAAGAACACUAAAUUCACUAUUGUGUUAUAUUCAUAUCACAAAACUUCAAAUAAAAAUGGAUUUAGGAUUUACCUUUAGUAUUACUGACACACUGACUUGUUAGGAUUCAAAACCAGUUAAAUGCUAAGAAAUCAUUCGUGUGGUUUUCCUAAAUAUUUAUAAAAUAUAAAGUUUCUAAGUGGCUCCUCAACAACCCCAGUUCCUAAUGAUUUUCCUCACAAAUACACUCUUCUAUCAGGAUAAGUUCCAAUUCUGCUAUUAAAGACAAAAAAUACUAAGCCACACUUCAGGGGUUGGGGACGAUAUAUGAACAAAUUGGAAAAUGUGAUUUUUCCUGCUCUGACAAGUUGGGAAAUAAUUCACAGCAGUUGCUUCUGCCACAGUUAAUUAUUUCAACAGUCGGGCAAUAAGCAUUCAAAGAACAAGCAUAUAGGCAUCUUAACGUGUUUGAUCUCUGUACUAAUGCUAAAUGAUAAUGUUCACACACUAACGAGCAUGUGCAGAGCAAGCCAUGCCCUCCCCAUCGCCUGGCUCCAUGACGCCCCUGCCAGCGCCCACAGGCCAGGCUGCUGCGUGUGCGGGCGGGGAGUCCUGCAGAGAAGAGCCUGGUCAGCUAAGCUGCUCAUUCUUUAACUAUUCAAGAUUUUUUUUUACUAAGUUUUUGAUCCACUGUUCACUACAACUGAAGUGUUAACUUUGUCAAAGUAUUUAUUCCUUUGUGUGACAUGCUAGAUUCCCAUGGAUGUAGCUGAUCAUUUCUAUUUUGUAAAUAUUACCUAACUUUACAUAAACUAUAUCAUAAUAAACUAUUUUUGCAUCACCCUUU